AUGGAGAUGGAUGGAGAAAUCAGCAAUUUGAUCAUGGUAUGGACCAUAGCUGCAGCAGCAAUGUGUUACUGCCACACAAUUGGCAAGCUAAUCUCAAAAGGUACAAUUAGAUUCAUAGCCAUCUCACCUGCCAUAAUCCUCCUCCUCCUCCUCCCUCUCAGGCUCAUCUCUAUCCACCUUGGAGGUCCUUCUUCUUUCUUCCUUGGUUGGCUUUCAACCUUCAAGCUCCUCCUUUUUGCCUUUGGCAAGGGUCCACUCUCAUCCAACCCUCCUCUUUCUUUAGCUCAUUUCGUUCCCCUUGCAUGCCUCCCCAUCAAAUUUCAACACAAACCCAAUAACAACAACAACAAUAAGACACCAAAUACACAAAAUGGAAACUACCCAUCUCCCCAAAUUGACAGAAAGGCCCACAAAUCUCCCCUCAGCUAUGUUUAUGCCACUAUGUUUACCAUAUUGGCCUUUUUGAUUCCUCUCGUUGGAAAGAAUGAAAAUUUCCAUCCAAAGUUCAAGUUGUUCUUGUACAGCAUCCACAUGUAUAUUGGCCUUGAGUUCAUUUUUGCACUGGUCUCUCAAUUCACUCGAAAAAUUCUCGGGGUUGAGCUGGAGCCACAGUUCGACGAGCCUUAUCUAUGCACAUCUCUUCAAAACUUCUGGGGGAAAAGAUGGAACAUCAUGGUGAAUCGUAUCCUGUACCCGAGCGUAUACGAUCCGGUGGUGACUGUUUCUAGUCGUGUCAUUGGUCGAAAGUGGGCUCCACUACCCGCUAUACUUGCUACUUUUGCCGUGUCAGCGAUGAUGCACGAGCUCACUUUCUACUACAUCAAAAGGGAAAAGCGCACGUGGGAGGCUUGGGAACCCUCGUGGGAUGCCACGUGCUUCUUCCUUAUUCAUGGGGUGUGUUUGGCUCUUGAGGUUGCCCUCAAGAAAGCACUUAAAGGGAAAUGGCAGUUGCCGAGGGCGCUGUCGUGGCCCCUCACGUUGGUGUUUGUAUUCUACACGGCGUUGUGGCUGUUUUUGCCGGCUCUUGUUAGAUGUCACGUUUAUGAGAAGGCAACAAGAGAGAUUUCUGCUUUGAUUGAGUUUCUGAAGGGUGUGUGCAAUGUAGCUUUCCCUGUUUUCAUGUGAGAAGCUGAGUAAUGCAAUGUUAGGAAACUGCAAAUAAAGACACAUUUUGCAAUAAUUGCAGAUGAUCCAGAUCCGCAAGUACAUUUUCAAUCAAUUUUAAGUUGGGAUUAGGACAUCUUACCAGCCGUAAAUGGCAUAUUGAGUUAGGAUUUCCGACCCA